GGGGCAGAGCCGGCCCCGCGCGGCCCAUUUGCCGCCUCCGCAGAAACACCUGCGGGGGGGAAAGGAUGCCGGGGGGCGGCCGCCCCGCUCCGCGGCAGCGCGGGCUGACCUCGGAGCCAUCUCGGCGAGGAAAAGGAGGAGGAGGAAGAAGAGAGGAAGAGAAAAGAGCAGGAGGGAAGUGGGGAAGUUGUGCCUUGCCCGCCCCGCCGAAAGCCGGAGCCAUGAGCCCGGCCAGGGGGGCGCGGGCCGCCCCCUCGCUGCUGCUUUCGCUGCUACUCGGAGCCUCGGCCCCGCUCUGGCUACGGGCGGAGAAGCUGGGGGAUGGAUGUGGGCACACGGUGAUGUACCAAGACAGCGGGACCCUGGCAUCCAAGAACUAUCCUGGGACAUACCCAAAUUACACUCUUUGUGAAAAGAAAAUCCAAGUGCCUUCGGGAAAACGCCUCAUCUUAAAAAUUGGAGACCUGGAUAUCGAAUCACAGAAAUGCGAAUCCAGCUACCUUACUAUCCAGAGUUCUUCGACAUUGCACGGGCCAUACUGUGGUAAUGUGAUGCCUGUCCCCAGAGAAAUCAUUCUGGAUAGCAAUGAAGCAAUCAUUCACUUUGAGAGUGGAUCCCAUGUGUCAGGACGAGGCUUUCUGUUAUCCUAUGCCAGUAGUGAUCAUCCAGAUCUAAUCACAUGUUUGGAACGAGCAAACCACUACACGAAGGCUGAAUACAGCAGAUACUGUCCUGCUGGCUGCAGGGACAUUGCAGGUGACAUCUCAGGAGAUAUCGGAGAAGGAUACAGAGAUAGCUCGCUGCUGUGCAAGUCAGCGAUCCACGCUGGCAUCAUCUCCGAUGAGCUGGGCGGGCAGAUCAGCGUCACCCACCACAAGGGCAUCAGUCGCUACGAAGGUGUCGUGGCCAACGGUGUCGCCUCGCAUGAUGGUUCGUUGUCAGAUAAGCGGUUUAUAUUUACUUCAAAUGGCUGCAAUAAAUCUCUCAGUCUGGAAGAGGGAUUCCUCUCCAAGAGCCAGGUUACUGCAUCUUCCUACUGGGAGGAUACCAAUGAGUUUGGGCAACUCUUCCAGUGGUCACCUCAGAAGGCAUGGCUUCAAGUCCCAGGACUGGCUUGGGCCUCUAACCACAGCAGCAAUCGUGAAUGGUUGGAGAUAGACCUGGGAGAGAAGAAGAGAAUAACAGGGAUUAAGACCACUGGUUCUGGAUCCACUAUGCUGAAUUUCAACUUUUAUGUAAAGACGUUUACAAUGAACUACAAAAAUAACAACUCAAAAUGGAGAACUUACAAAGGGAUUCUGAGCAAUGAAGAAAAGGUGUUCCAAGGCAACUCCAACCCCAGUGGCAUAGUCCGCAAUAACUUCAUCCCUCCGAUAGUGGCCCGUUACAUCCGAAUUAUCCCUCAAAGUUGGAACCAAAGGAUAGCACUGAAGCUCGAGCUGAUGGGGUGUCGAAUAAUGCAAGCUAAUAGUUCGUUUACGCAUUCAAUGUGGCAGAAACCAAGUCAGAGCACGGAAACCUCUCUUGGAAAAGAAGACAGAACUGUUACAGAGCCCAUCCCAGCGGAAGAAACUAACUUGGGCUUAAAGCUUACAGCUAUAAUUGUCCCCGUCCUCAUCGUGCUUUGUCUGUUCCUGUUCUCUGGAAUUUGCAUCUGUGCAGCCCUACGCAAGCGAGAAGCCAAAGGACUUUCUUAUGGAUUAUCCAAUGCUCAGAAAUCAGGUUGUUGGAAACAAAUCAAGCAGCCCUUCACCAGACACCAGUCAACUGAAUUUACCAUCAGCUAUAAUAAUGAGAAGGAAACACCACAAAAACUUGAUCUUGUCACCAGUGACAUGGCAGAUUACCAGCAGCCUCUCAUGAUCGGGACUGGGAUGGUAACACGGAAAGGAUCUACUUUUCGGCCCAUGGAUGCCAAAGACGAAAGGGGGAGUUCAGAAUUGGAAACCCACUACCACUGUCCGCAGAGAGCCAACCGGCACGAGUAUGCUCUGCCCCUCACCAGCCAAGAGCCCGAAUACGCCACCCCCAUCAUAGAGCGGCACAUCACCAGAGAAAACAAUUUCCCCUCUGAAAAUGGCUACAACGUACCCGUCCUCUCGUCUCAGAAACACUCCCUUUCUGCCGGCAGCUUCUCUAGUUCGUGUAAGAGCGAUGCCAGGAAUGGAGACUAUCAGACACCCCAGAGUGUCCUAAACUAUGACAAACCCAAAGUUAAUGGUGUUCUGGCCUCCGUGAGCUACAGCACAGACUACCAGAAACCUCAGCCCAGUGCCCUUGGGAGCGAGGGUUACUCAACACCCAGAGACUGCCUCAAGCCAAUAAGCCAGACAGCAAUGACAGCUCUCUUGUGAUCUGCCGAGCAGGAGAGACGCGGUGUGCGGGAACGUCGCUGCACAGCUUUCUGAAGUGAAAAACUCGGUUUGGAGGGGACUCUGCUGCAGGAGGCAGAAGGCAAACAAGCCCUGUGUACAUAAUAUUGCAGUCUUGCUGGGUUUUGACAUCUGAAGAAAGCAUAUGCUGUUUAUCACUGUUUAUAGCAAGAGAGAUGUUAUCAGUGAAGACUGUACAUCUUAUUUUCUGUAACUGAUCUCAGUGCUCCGUUUGCAAUGUGUGCAAUUUGUACAUAGCUUUUAUUUAAGGAGAAUUUCUUAAGUUUCCUUUUCACCUGGCAGACUGAAACGGUUGCAGAAAUGCUUAUUUAAGAAAAACAAGCCGCCUCCUCCUCCGUCUUCAUUUUACCUGCUGUUGUACUGGCAGCUGUAAAUGGUGCAUCUUACAGUUGUGAUGAUUCACAUCCUUUCCUACGAUAACUGACGAUAGGGCAUCGCUGCAGUUCUUACUGGAAGGGUAGAAGCAAAACUACUUGAAGCGUAACAUGCAUGAGAGAAGGCAGCUGAGCAUUUAAAUACAGUGCUCAAACCCACCUUCCUGGCUGCUUUUUUAGCAGCAAUUCUUACGUGCUUGAAUUUCAUCUAGAGUAUGAGCUCAGCCCCUCUAACUUGCUAUUCAUGUUAGAAACAGGUAGAAAGGCUGAAACCAGUUUUGGGUUCAAACCAUGGUGAUCACUCUGCAAUAGAGAAAAAACCUCACAACAGCAAACAAAACAAACGACAAAACCAACACCUGUCAAUCUGGUUUUGGUUUGGGUUUGUUUGUUUGUUUUUUCCCAGGAAGGGUGUGUGGAAACAAAAUGUGAAGUCACAGCUGAGAAUUAAAUCCUGUCUGAGCCCCAGCUGAGGCUUUUGCUGCUAAACUAUAAGGAAAUUUGUUCCUUGGCACAAAGCAGCAAACUUCCUGAACUCUUCAUUGCUCCACUAGGCAUUUUUUUCUGUCUCAUAAAUUUAGUGUCACGUUUCCAUUUUAAAUAUUUUGGCUAAGUAAGUAAAACACAGUGGUCUGUGGCUUACUGUUGCGGUUCAAUUUGCAAGGCAGCAGAUCAGCACAGUUGUUUUCAAACAGUUUUUCUUUUGCAGCUAACAUUACCUUCAAUCCUGUUUUUUGGACAAACUUGAAAAAGCGUGGGGACGGGUGCAAUGUAUCGCACAGUGGUUGGCUCCUCUUUCAGCAGAGGCGUUGUCAAAGCGAAACAGCUUCUGGUAGGGACUGGGACCGCCUGCUGCCCUUAUGCCUGCAGUGCUUGGAACGUCACUUUGAAUUUGAAAGCUUGUACUAAAAUGUCAAGAAGCGAUAUACUUCCAGGAAGGAAGAAUGGUGCUAUAUUUAAAUUAAGCAGGAGGUUGGAGAGCAAGACCAGUAAACCUUGACCUCUGGAAAGACUUAUCUGAAAGCCCUCCAUUUCUUUGUCUAUGAACUGAGGAUGACUUUCAAAGGAUGCAACUAAGAUCUGUGGCCUUUCCAAUCCUUGGGUGGAAAGUGCUGUCGGAGUACAGACCAGUUGCAGUGAUACUACUCACAACCGUCGCUAACUCCAGCCAUUUACCCGACAUUAAGGCAGGCUCUUUAGUGGGUUCUUUGCAUAAGCUUGUUUUGUGGCCUCAAGCGGGCCCUUCCCUCACGCUGCCGCCCCGUGCAUGCCAUUCCCAUGCAAAGAAAGAGUCAAGGUAACCUCGUAGCCUUCCCGUGGUUGCUGUCAAUAAUGGUUUCUGUGAAAUGUCUAAAACACCUCAGGUCCUGAAGUGAAACAGCAGCAGCCUGUUUGUUAGACCGAGCUGG